AUCAUCAGGCACGCGCACUCAGUUCACCCGCACUAUCAUCAGACAUAAAACGGGGGAGGCUGCUCACAUCGCUGGUGCUAAACGUCUUCCUUUUUAUCUUAAGUAGAUCUGCUUUCAUUUCCGUUCACUGUAAAUAUCACUUCGUCGUCUGAAUGGCUGAGACUUCACGGAUAUUUUUAUCUUUUGUGUGCCGUUCAUUUUUGCCUCCGCUGGUCAAGAAGCUAAAUGGCAGUUAGCCUAGCAGCGUCGCUACUCCCUGUAGCUGGACUAAAUAGAAGUGGCCUAAAAAUUCAAUCAAUGAAAACCCCUUUCAGGACCAGCUCAUAGAUGUCUCUAAACUGUUUUAAUCCAGCAAAAGUCAAGAGGACGCAGCAGCGGUGCUUACAAGGGGGAAAACAUAAUUCCGGGUGCUAAGAAAUAGAGUUGAAAGAAAAACGGAGGAGGAGAACCGCAGCAGCAGUAGCUAAAGUGAAAGAAAAACACAUUACGAUACCAACCUGUGAUGGCAAACGAGCCGGUUAUUCUGAACGUUUAUGAUAUGUACUGGAUCAAUGAGUUCACUACCUCUCUGGGAAUUGGAGUCUUUCACUCAGGAAUUGAGAUCUAUGGCAGAGAGUUUGCCUAUGGAGGACAUCCUUAUCCUUUUUCAGGUAUAUUUGAGAUAACACCUGGUGAAGCCACAGAGCUCGGAGAUACAUUCAAAUUCAAAGAGGCCAUUGUUUUAGGGAGCACAGACUUCGUAGAAGAGGAUGUGGAGAGAAUUGUGGAGGAAAUGGGGAAGGAAUAUAAGGGGAACGCCUACCACCUCAUGCACAAGAAUUGCAAUCACUUUUCCUCAGCACUAUCAGAGAUCCUCUGUGGUCGAGAAAUCCCACGCUGGGUGAACCGACUGGCCUACUUCAGCUCUUGUGUGCCCUUCCUUCAGAGCUGUCUGCCAAAGGAGUGGUUGACGCCGGCGGCACUGCAGUCCAGUGUUAGUCAGGAGCUCCAGGGAGAGCUGGAGGAGGCCGAGGAUGCUGCGGCUUCUGCCUCAACGCCUUCCUGUGCCGUGGCACCCGCUCCCAGACCUACCCGACACCAACCGCGCCGAUGAACCCCGCUGCCUUGACUGACAGGCCACCUCUGGUUAGAGCUGGACCACAGCUUCUGCUGCCAAUAGACCCCUCUCCCCUUCUCCUGAGAGACUAGCAAUCCACCAGCGGACUGGAUGAAGCCCACCUUCUGAUUUCACUGAUUUAUUUCAGCUCACUCAAGUGACCGUCACGGGCCUGGAAACUAUCAAUCUUGUUUACUGUUAAACUUUCCUUGGGUUCGUCAGUGUUUUAAAAUUUUCCAUUUUUUUGGCCUUUUAUGUUUUGUUUUAAAAAAACUCAGGACUUGAAUACAAUGGCUCUGUUCAAUCACCGUUUUUAUUUUUUUUUUAAUGCUUUUCUUACGCUGGAGAUGCUCGCAAGCCUUUUCCCCCUUAUUCCGAAAGAAAGCGCCUAGUCAGAGACCUUUUUUAUGGAGAACAUUUGUUUACAGAUUUCUUGUGUUCCAAUCCGUAUAUGAUUGUGUUGUUGUGUGCGGAUUACAAAAGCCAAAUCUCCUCACUUUUGUAAUGACUCCCACACUAUGGUGACUGUGCCUGAAGAUUUUUACCGUUACAUGCUCCGAGAGCUCUGCACUCUUUCUCUACCGGUUCGGUUUUAGUGGCAGACUUAAUAUCUAAUGAGUCCUUCCUUCCUCCGAUGUUUUACACCUUUUUAGUUUUUAGAGUCUUCUAUGUACUUGGGACAACAUUUGUAUUCCAUUUUAUGAAUAUUAAAGAAAGUAUACAAGUUCUC